UGCUCAGUGACAACAGUGUGAUACUGACCAAACUAUAUCACUGCGUGGAGCAUGACAUACGUUGUUAAACGUUUUGUUGAUGUUUCCUAAAAUGUUUCUUAUGAAAGAGUAUCUGUAAUGUCUUAAUCACGAAAAGACAUGGCAGAUGACGGCGAAUUAGCCAAGUUUAGGAAUGAGUGGAAACAUGAAUUGUCGGGAUCCAGUAUUUCAGGAAAAUCAAAGAACGACGGACCACUACAGAGUCACUCUAACCAAUCUGAGAAAUCUAAUACAGCACUUCCGUCUGCUGGAAUACUGUUGCAGAAGUCAAAACCACAUUUGUAUGAACCAGCUGAAGAGGCCCCUGACCACGGGGGAGGUUCAGACCAACAAGAAACUGAAGAACAAACAUACUAUCCAUUUAGAAUUUUGGGGAAGUUAUUAAAUGAGGUUUCUAACACAACAGAGGAUCCUGAAGAUGUCAGUAAAUCUGAACGCAAAAGAAAAUAUUUUGUGGAAGAAAUAGGCAAAAAUGACGGAAAUGUGACUUUAAAGAAGAGGCAUUGUGAUUUGACCAAUUCUGCUGGCCAGAAAGGUCCUCACAUACCAAAAGUUGCCCAAUCUCACACUAAAACUCCUGCGCAAACAAGUGAACGAUAUUUGGAUUUAUUUAUAGCAGACCUGGAUGACAUAAAUGAAAUUCCUUUCUUUGACGUGUCAUUACCCCGAGAAGUGGCUGUACAGAUAUUCAAGCAUUUGGACAUGGAAGACCUAUGUCAUUGUGCUCAGGUGAGCAAGAGUUGGCGCAGCCUGGCCGAUGAUGAGCUACUGUGGUGCCAGAUAUGCCACCAGAUGGGAUACAACCAGGAAGUAUGUGCCCUGGAGAAAACCAACUGGAAGAAUGUGGUCCGGAGUCAUGUCCAACAGCGCCACACUCUCAUCACAAACUGGAAAGGUCGACUAGGCAAGUUGUAUCAACUCCAGCAUCCACAGGGAGGUGUGAUGUGUGCCACCCACUCCUCCGACUCCAUCGUUACCGCAGGAUACAGCAACGGUGAGGUGAAGAUGUGGGACCUGAGUAAUGGGGACACCUGUGUAUUCCAACCUAGCAGUACAGCACUGAGGAUUGAUGAGCGGCAGGAUGAGGGAACGGUGCCGAACUAUGUCCUCCACGUACAAACAUCCUCACAAUAUACAGUGGCCAGCUACAAACACCGAAUGGUGGACGUGUGGCAGAAUGACCAAGGAGUGAGUCCUGUCAGCUCCUUCCAGUGUGAAGGUGGAUGGGACAUAUCGGCUCUCAAGCUAGCACAGUUGUCUCCUCUGUUUGCCCUUGUCCAGGGCUACUACGUGCGUGUGUACAGAUCUGAUAACAACCCAGAGUUCUCUAUGAUUGAUAAACUGGACCUCAGCAAGAUGGUGUGUCACAUCCAAUGGCUGGAGCCGACCACCCUGCAGUACAACCCGGACUACGCCCUCGCCAUCGCCACCCACAACAUCAUCAGCCUGUACCGACCAGGGAUGGAGCAACGCAGUGAGAUCCACAACAUGAUCGACAGCCCCAUCUCAUGCCUCGACAUGUGCAGCGACCACGGUCAGAUGGGUGUUGGGUGUGGCAUGUACGGGCCCACAGAGGGACAUAAGGUUCACCUGUAUAACCUUGCCACCGCACAGCUCCUGAACUCCCUACAGGGUCACACGUGGAUGGUAACGUGCCUCAACAUGGCCGACAGCCCCGCCCACCACCUCAUCACAGGCUGCGGAGACCGCAAAGUCCGCAUUUAUGACACCCGACAGUCUACAUGGCCAGCGAAGACGCUACUGGGGCAUUCUGGGAAAAUAACAUGCGUCCAGAUGGAUGAGUGGAAGGUGGUGUCGGGGGACGAGGGAGGAUUUGUCCGGGUCUGGGAUCAAAGGAUGAGAACCAAACUCUGGGAGUGGCACAAUAGGAAUCCGGUCUCCUAUAUACACUUCAGUGAAGGUCGCCUCAUUGUCGGCAAUAUUCCCUACGACAAGUUCCCUGUGGACGACCAACUGGACAGAAUUUCCCAGCCAAAGUUCCGAGGAUCGUUACAGGUGUAUGACUUCUCUGCUGACCAGACGACUCAGGGACUGCCCGAGAUCUGCCACUCCUCGUAUGACCAGCCUGAAACCUACAACUACAACAUCCGCCUGGCUGUGCCCUACGAUACUAUAUGAACUGUGUGGGAAUGUAUAUACAACAUAUCGACAAGUACAACAUCUGCCUGGCUGUGCCCUAUGAUUCUAUAUGAACUGCUGUGUGGGACUAUAUAUAAAACAUAUUAACAAGUACAACAUCCGCCUGGCUGUGCCCUGUGAUUCUAUAUGAACUGCUGUGUGGGACUAUAUAUAAAACAUAUUGACAAGUACAACAUCCGCCUGGCUGUGCCCUACGAUUCUAUAUGAACUGCUGUGUGGGAAUAUAUAAAACAUAUUGACAAGUACAACAUCCGCCUGGCUGUGCUGUAUGAUUCAAUAUGAACUACUGAGUUUAUACUCCGUAACAAGCACAUGAGCUUGGCAGUGCUGUACAAGUCGAAAUGCCCUACUCUGUCAACCAGCAGGGCACCUAUCUUCAGUAUAUACACUGCUGUUUUAUACAACUUUAUAUAAGUGUGUCUGCGUGUGAGUAUGUGCAUGUGUGUGAAUACAAGGCAAACUACGAUUCACUCACAUGUUCAAAGAAUCAAACUGCAUCCCUUAUGAACUCUAUUCGUCAUUCACGAUUACCUGUAUUUAAUGUUCAGGAAUUUGUUUUACAAGAGUUUUUUAACUUUGGGAUAGCCCUAGUGAAUACAGUAUGUUCUACACUGUACAAAUUUAGAGAUGUGUAUUUUGUAUCUCUUUUUAUUCUCUUAAAUGAUUUUUGUUAUUGUUAUUAUGGCCCCUGACUCAUGAGUGACAGAUGUGACCAGGUGCCAACCAACUAGUACCAGGAUUCCACCAGAUUACACAAUCAUACUCACGAACACACCUGGAGAUGGUCAGGUGUGAAGGUUAUGUUUUAAAUAAUAUUUUAGCAACAGCAAGUAUUUUGUUGUAUGUCCACGAUUUUAGCAUGUAUGUAGUUUAUAAAACAGUGGGAGAGACCACAGUAUCAAGGUUAGGGCCUGUCACUGGCAGUGUUUGUGAGAGUGUGUGUGUGUUAAACCCAGGAGCCUAUAGUCUCCUACUGACUUCUUGGAUAGAUAGUCUACCUGAGACGAGACUACAAGGAUGUACAUACUGCUGUUGAAACUGUAUUAUACUGUACAAUAAAUGUCUACAUGUA